GAUAAAAUCUUUUAUGAUCAUGUUGUACAACCUGUCUUAAGGGAAGACAAUGAAAUAGGAGUUCGAUCUUUGUCAGAGAGUGAAGACAAGAUCAAAGGAUCAUUUUCUUUAAUGUCUCUGUUUGACAGCAUCACAUACAACAAGGGAGCUUCUAUUACUUGGAUGCUUUCUGGUUUCCUGACUGAGAAGUUGUUUAUCAGAGCACUUACUUCAUAUCUGAGACAAUUUUCCUUCUCAAAUGCUAACCAAGAUGAUCUCUGGACCCACAUACAGAUGGUCGUAGAUGCACAGGACAAAGUUCAGUUGCCAGCAUCUGUAAAACAAGUAAUGGAUUCCUGGACGUGCCAAAAUGGUUUUCCGGUUUUAACAUUAAAUGUAACCACAGGCACAAUCAGUCAGGAACAAUUUCUUAAUAAAAAGAAUGAAAACAGUACUGAUUCUUACAAUAACACAUGGAUUAUUCCUGUUUCUUGGAUGAGAAAUGGAUCAUCACAACCCUUAAUGUGGCUAGAUAAAAGCAGCAAAAUGUUUCCUGAAAUGCAAGUAUCGGAGUCAGAAUAUGACUGGAUCCUGCUAAAUGUAAAUUUAAGUGGAUACUACAGAGUGAACUAUGAUCAGUUAAACUUAAAAAGAUUAGCACGCUUGCUUGAAAAUGAUCCAAAGGCUAUUCCCGCUGUCAGCAGGUUCCAGCUGAUAGAUGAUGGUUUUGCAUUGACACAGUUUGGAUACAUUCAGAUUGAAACAGCACUUGAACUCACAAAGUACCUUGCCAGAGAAGAUGAACUCUUCAUAUGGAACGUGGUAUUGUUAAACCUAGUACCCGAGAAUUUGGAAAGUACUCUGAAGAACUAUGAAGUAUAUCCACUUUUAAAGAAAUACCUUUUAAAGAGAGUGUUGCCAAUAUACCGUUAUUAUGCAGGUUUUAUUCGUCAAAACGUUGAUGCUUUGGAGGAUGACUAUUUUGCUCAAGUGUAUUUGGAAAAACUUUUUGCAACAGUGUGCUGGCUGGGCCUCCAAGACUGUUUGAACCUGUCAUCUGAACUGUAUGCUAAAUGGAUGGACAACCCUGAGUACAAAAUUCCCUUUUUAAUUAGAAGAACGGUCUGCUGCUAUGGUGUUGCAGUGGGAAGUGAUAAAGAAUGGAAUUUUGCAUGGGAAAUGUAUAACCAUACCGACUCCACAAAGGAAGAUAAAGAAAUCCUGCUGUCUGCCAUGAGCUGUGCCAAAGAAUCAUGGUUACUUUACAGAUACUUGCAAUAUGGACUCAGCGAUACAUUAUUUUCUUCCAAUUGUACUUCAAUCAUCAUCUUAUAUGUGAUGACUAAGGAUAUUGGGCACCGUAUAGCCUGGGAAUUUGUUACGGAAAAUUGGCCACUUUUAAGUGAAAGGUAUGGGAAGGAAUUAUUACAUGAUGUGUUAAAAGUCAUGGGAAGAUUUGUCAACACAGAUGUACAGAUCCAAGAGUUGCAGGUUUUUUAUAAUGCUACACUGGAAGAAGAUGAGAGAGUGGCUGCUACUCUACUACUGGAGUUCACAAAAUUUGAAAAUAUGGAAAGGAGAGAACUGCUAAUCAAAGUUGCCAACUGGUUACAGAAAAAUGUAGAUGAUUGA